AUGGCCACCGUGACUAUCUCUUGCAGGCCUGUCACCAAGCCCGAUGAUUCUCGGGUAGAUUUUGGUGCUGAACUCAUCGGCUUCGAUGCUGAAAGAAUGACAGAUGAUGACUUUCAUUUCCUUCGUCGUGCCUUAUAUGAGAACCAAGUCGUUGUGAUCAAAAACCAAGACCACCUCUCCCCACGUGCGCAGUACGAACUCACUCGACGCUUCGAUCCUUCUGCUGGUGUCUACAGCCACGGAAAAUCAAUUGACAAGCGCAGUGUGCUGCAUGCUGACCUCACAACCAUUCCUCAUCAGCCUCAAGUCCAAGUUAUCGGCAACGGCUUCGUUGAAGAGUAUGAGGGACUCUCAAACAUCCGGCUCAGACAUCCACACCACAAGACAUUCCACAAGAAUCCCAUUUCACCCGAGGAAGAUCACGAUUUUACACACUUUUAUCGCUGGCAUAUUGACUCGGCCAUGUACAACCUUGAUCCACCUUUGGUCACCACACUGCUAGCCGUCAAAGUCCCCAAGGGCCGCCGCCAGACCUGCCGGUACGACGAUGGCACAGACACCACCCUCGAUGUUCCUCUCGGAACGACAGCGUUUUUCAGUGGAUAUCAUCUCUACGAUAUGCUUUCAGAGCAAGACAAGCAUUUCGUCCGCACCAGCAAAGCGGAAUACGCACCCCAUCCAUACAUAUGGAUGAGCAAGGCCAAGUCGCGCUCCAAUGGCCUAGGCAUUAUAUCCGAAGGAUUAGAGCUUGAUGAAGAUCAGUUGCCUCCCUUCGAGGCUUCGAAGAUAAGGGUAUAUCCUAUGACCUGGAAGAACCCUGUUACUGGAAAGCUUGCAAUGAUGGUAUACCCAACCUGUGUACGCAAAAUUCAUCUUGAGAAUGGGGAGGUGCUUGAUGAUCUUGCGGAGAUUCGAGAACGAUUAUACAAGAUGCAGAGACGGGCUAUUGAUCCUUGCUAUUUGUACACCCAUGACUGGGAGGAGGGAGACCUGGUGCUUUUCAACAACCAUGGAGUGAUGCAUUCGAUUGUUGGCUCUUUUGAGGAGGAUGAACUACGGGUGUUCAGACAAUGUAAUAUGGCGGCCAGUCGACCUCCUUUGGCACCGGAGGAUAGUGUACCUGAUGUUUAA